UUUCAUCUGAUAUUUUCCAUUAUUUCUCUCAUGAUUUGAGCUACUGACUGAGUAGCUGUGUGCCAUCCUCAUUUUGUCUAAACCAUGCGAAGACGUGUGCAAAUAUGUGGUCAAACCCAGUGUGGUGAUGGGAGAAGGAAGCAGAAAGCUAAACUGAGAAAAAGAGUUUGUAGAAAGCGUAUGCUUUCAUAUUUCUACGAAAUGUAACUUCUUUUUUUCACAGUUCUCUGUUUCUCUUCCUCCACCAGUGUCAGUCUUUCAGUGCCUCAGCUCUGAAUGUGGGAACACUUUGAGAAUGGGGCACACUUUCUUCUGUAUGCUGUCGUUUUUCCUGCUGAAUAUACUCCUUGACUGUGGACAUACUCGAGAUGCUGAGCUGACCUAUAAACCGAACUCACCCUAUUUAUUUACCGGAGAGUCUGUUACCUUCACAUGUGACAUGAGAGAAGGAAAUGACACCGACUGGCAUUACAAAUUCAACAGAAAUGGUCAACAAAUUGUCUCCUUCAGCACAAAAAACACACAUUCGCUUAAACUGACGGCUGACUUGAGUGGUGACUAUCAGUGCAUUGGUCGUCACAACGGCUCAGAAAAAGAUGAAAAAGAGAGCAACAGUGUUACCCUAUACGUAUCAGCACACAAACCCAAGGUAACUCUGAGAGCAGACAGGACAGCUAUACCAGUGGGUGGCAGUGUGACGCUGAUUUGUUCUGUGGAAGGCUCGACUGGCUGGGAAUAUGCUUGGUUCAGACGUAGCUCAGACUUUCAUAACAUCAUACACAUGAUAGAUGGCGACAGCUCAAUCAUCAGUGUCUCACAAGAAGGCAUGUACUAUUGCUACGGAAGAAGAGGAAACCCGGUCUUCUUCACAGAACACAGUGAUAUGUUUCGCGUUGAGAUGACUUUGUCCAACAGGACCUUUGUGACCCGGCAACAGAACUGGACUCGAAUAUACAGUGGCGAGACGAUCAAUGUCAGAUGUGAGAUCGAGGGAGGAGAAGACACUGAGUGGGAGUAUGAAUGGAGAACAACCAGCUCAAACACACCUCCAGCACACAGUGAAUACAAAAUCAAAAGUGCUUCCCACAGUGGAUCCUACUGGUGUAAGGGUAGAAGAGACUUGUAUUCCUCAACAGAGUGGAGUAAGGCCUUCUCACUCACAGUACUAUCUCAUAGGCCCAAGCCCACAGUUAGAGCAGAUAGGAGGAUCAUACCAGAUGGUAACAACGAAAGACUGACCUGCUAUUUGGACAACUCUGCUGAGUGGAAAUACUACUGGUUCCGACGUCGCUCAGUUUUGUCUGAAAGUGAGAUCAUUAGAGACGGUGAGCCAGAUAGAGUUAUCAGUAUCUCAGAAGGAGGCAUCUACCACUGCAGAGGAGGGAGAGGAACCCCGGUUUUCUUUACAGAGGACAGUGAUGCAGUUACCAUUGAGAAAAGGGUUUCCAGCAAGCCUGUUGUGUCUCUGCACCCCAACUGGCCUCUGAUAUUCAGUGGUGAGGCGAUCACUAUUAAAUGUAGGAUUUAUGAAGAUACAAUCACUGAGUGGGAAUAUGAAUGGAGCAAACCCAACUCAAACACAAGUCCAGCAGACGAUGAACACAGGAUUAGCAAUGCCACUGUGUCUAAUAGUGGAAACUACAAGUGUGUGGGUAAACACAAAUGGGACACGUACUCCUUAUCAGAGUGGAGCGAUGUCGUCACACUGAUAGUUUCAUCAAACAGACCAAAGGCUGAACUGAGUGCUGAUGACAGAGUCAUUCCAGUAGGGGGCAGUGUGACCCUGACCUGCUCUGUGAAGACAUCAUCAUCUGGUUGGAAGUACUUCUGGUACAGAGGAGAGAAAACCUCUGAACCCCUGACCACACAAGAUGUUUUACUGUCAACUGGACAAAUCAGUGUCUCACAGGAAGGAGUCUACUGGUGCAGAGGAGGAAGAGGAGAGCUAGUUUACUACACAGAGUACAGUGAUUCAAUCAGUAUUAACAAAAGUGACACAAACAAGGCUGUUGUGACUCUGCAACCAAACUGGUCGAAAAUCUUCAGUGGAGAGACGAUCACUCUCAGAUGUGAGAUCAAGAACGGAGGAGACACUGAGUGGGAAUAUGAAUGGAUAACAACAAGCUCAGAAAAACCUUCAAAUCAAAAAGAAGUCAGUAUUAGAUCUGCUUCUGUAUCUCACAGUGGACAGUACUGGUGUAAGGGCAGACAGAAAAGAGCAGAGCAGAAUUCAACAGGAUGGAGUAAUGCCUUCCAACUAAUAGUGUCUUAUGAAAAACCCAAGUCUGUCCUCACUGUGUCUCCAUUGUGGCUGAAUGCUGGAGACUCAGUAACUCUGAACUGUGAGGUUGAACAUCAAUCUGCAGGAUGGAGGUUCUACUGGUAUAAGACUGUUCCCAAACUAUCAGACAUGUAUAUUACCUACAACUACGGCUACAGGUACCAUCGAUUUAUAGAUACGCAUAGGAUGGACAGUCGACGAUUUUAUACAGACUCCUACAGCUAUGAGCUGCUGUCUGGGAGUAACAACGGGACUGAAGAGGGUUCCUACAUCAUCCAUGGACAGACACACACAGCAGGAUAUGUGUGCAGAGCUGGAAGAGGAGACCCUGUGUAUUACACUUAUUAUAGUGAAGAAAAGUUUGUCUGGUCUGCAGAUUUUAAUUCACAGGCGUCUCUCGCAGUGAGUCCUGACAGAGUGCAACACUUCAUCUAUGACUCUGUGUCGCUGAGCUGUCAGGGAAACUCUACUGAGUGGAGAGUGAUGUUUCUAGAAAACUACAGAUCAUCUGUGUCACACUGCUCCACCUUGGGAACAAUGACUGGAUCCACAUGCAACAUGUACACUUCCUGGCAGACUGAUGGAGUGUACUGGUGUGAGUCUGGAUCAGGAGAGUUCAGCAACGCAGUCAACAUCUCUACACAUUUUUCUAUUAUCCUGGUGAGUCCUGUCCAUCCUGUGACUGAGGGAGAUUCUGUCACUCUUGGUUGCAUGUUGAGGCCAGGACAAUUACUUUCCAAUGUCACUUUCUACAAGAAUGACAACCUCAUCCAAAAUAAUGACAGAGCAGAGCUGAACAUCUCUGCGGUCUCAAAGUCAGAUGAGGGCUUCUACAGGUGUGAAUACUCAGGACAGAAGUCAGCGAACAGUUGGAUCUCAGUAAAAUCAUCCAGCUCUCCAUUUCCUGUGUCACUGAUCGUCGGGCUGUUCAUUGGCGUUUUACUGAUUGUUCUCCUGCCACUGCUGGUGCUUUUUUGGUACAAAAAGUCAAAGGGUAAAUGUUGUCACAGGCUCAUCCAGUCUGAGAGAACCAAUCAGGGUUCUGCUACAGCUCAAACUGUCAACCGAGAUGAAAGUCAAGUAUACUCCUCUCUUCUCCGUGGUGAUGCUGGUGUCUACGAAACACUCUGUAAUUCUGGAAACACUCGACGUGGUGAGCAGGCCGAUGACUGCAGAACUGUUACAUCUCACAUUCAGCCCGAAGGUCUUGGAAAGAGGGGAGUAUGUGAUGAUCCAGCGGAAAGCUCUGACUACAGUAACGUGGAGCCAGGUUCAAUUACAGGUCCAUAAAGAGAAGUGCAUCAUCAGCAAAAUAACAAAAGUGUGGACAGCAUUCAAACAGUUACUGUUAUAUUGUACUUUAUUUCCUGUCGAUUUCUGCUGAAUUUGCUUUUCUAUUUAUGAAUAUUUUAUUGCAAUGAUAUAACCAGUUUGUACAUAGAACUAUAAAUGUGUCUUUUCAUGUCAGUAAUCGAGCUUGGUGGUUUGUUAUUUUUAGUCUUGUACAGAUAACUUGUUUGAGCAUUUAACUAUUGUAAGCUUACUUCCAUUUUUGAUAAUAUCAUUAUUAAUAAUUUUAUAUAUGGUGGCAGUUUUGUUUUAUUUAGUCCCUGCUGUGGUAUUCAUCACCGCACUCAUCCGUGUAGAGGAUUUUAUCUGCUGUUAACAUAGUAUAUAUUAUCUAUUUAUAGUAUAAUUUAUCUAGCCUACACACCGGUACAGCAUAUAAUAACAUAAAUAACAUGACGUGUUGUCAUGUUGGCAUUAAAUAAAAAAUGGGAAUGUAAUUUUCC